CGGCGGGCCGGUAAGCGGCGCGGGCCGGGCUACGGGGCAGCACUGCGGAUCUGCAAAUGACAAAGCCAGGACAGAAAGGCUGAUAUCCUCUAAAAAUGAGUCAGUCAGACAACAGCUUUGAGCCAAAUGUUAUUGACGAUGAAAUGCUUCAGAAAGCAGUUGAAGAGCAAUUGCCGGAGGACAUAAGGAAGCUUGCCAAAGCAGAAGGUAUUAACUUUAAAGAGGUGGUGGAGCUACAGCUUAGUUUUAGAAAUAUCCUGCAGAUUGAUAAUCUGUGGCAAUUUGAGAAUCUUACUAAGCUGCAGCUGGACAACAACAUCAUUGAGAAGAUAGAAAGUCUGGAGAGUCUGGUUCACCUUGUGUGGCUUGACCUGUCCUUCAACAACAUUGAAGUAAUUGAGGGCCUGGAUACCCUUGUCAAACUGCAGGACCUAAGCCUCUACAACAACAGAAUAUCUAAAAUUGAGCACAUGGACACAUUGCAAAAGCUACAGAUUUUCUCCAUUGGAAAGAAUAACCUGACCAGUUUGGAAAAUGUGGUCUAUCUUAGGAGGUUUAAGAACUUAAACACACUGAAUCUCACUGGGAAUCCUUUCUGUGAUGAAGAGCAGUAUAUGCUGUUUGUUGUUGCUCACCUUCCAGGCUUGGUAUACUUGGACUUCAAACUCGUGAGUGACACCACACGAGAAGUUGCCAUUUCAAAUUACCAGUACCUCACUGACCUGCUGGACCACGAGGAAGCCCAGGCCCUAGCUCAGCUGGAGGAAAAGCAGGCACAGCAGAAGGAGCUGGAGUACCACAAGACAGCCUUUGUUGAGUACCUGAAUGGAUCAUUCCUGUUUGACAGCUUGUAUGCAGAGGAUACAGAAGCUGCCAAACUGGCUUACCUCCCUGGAGUGGAUGACCUGCUGCAAGCAUACAGGAAAGAUUUUGUCUCCGUUUGUGAGAACCUGUUUAACUACUGUCUGAAAGAGCAUGAAAACCGAGAAGCUGAAGUCUCUGAUUUCUAUGAAGGCCUCCGCAAAGUGUUGACAGCCAACCAAGAAGAAGGCAGGAGAAUAAUCCUAGACUUUGAAAAUCAGAACAAAACGAAGCUGGAUGAGAUCCAUCAUGCCAGGAGUCACGACACUGCUGAGUCUAUGCGAGCUGAGUACAACGAGGACAUCCUUCAGCUGUCAGAAACACUCAUGACCUUGGAAAUGCAGAUGGUGGACCAGCUGGAGGAACUGAUAAAGGAAUUUGAAGGAAACAUUGCUGUCAUUGCAUCAACGUUCACUGAAAAUGUUAAAGGCAUGAUGACACAGUGCCGGGACCUCGAAAACCGUCACCAUGAGAAGCUGCUAGAGAUCUCCAUCAGUGCUCUGGAGAAAUCACUUAACAAUGAGCUCGAUGAGGAAUUGCCAGAUGAUGUUCGUGAGUUUCUUGUGGACAAAAACACCAUUGUCAACAUGGUCGACAAAUCCCAUAAUAUCCACCUGCUGAAGAUCAGCAUGCGAGAGUGUGACAUCCUCCUCAACAUGUAUCGCUGGGAGGCCUCUGUGAAAGAGAAGGCUCUUCAAGAUGAGAUUGACAGAAACCGCAACCGUAUCAAAGAGAUUUUUCAGUACAUCGAUGAUCUCCAGGAGCAGCUGGAUAACACACAGAUUCCAGAGCUCAUGGAGUAGGUCUGCCAUGGGCCAGGCAGCUGCCUUAUCUGGGUGCACACAGCAGCAAAACACUCAGCAAGGACACUGCCCCUCUGUGCCUGUGCUGUCUGGAACAUUUCAGGCCAAAGGCCUGCUUCCAUCCUGCCACAGUCAGCAAAUAAAAGAUACUUAUUGUUUCUGUAAAA